AGCUGCAGCAAUUUGGGUAGCAAAGAUUGGGCACAGGCAGCGGCCCUCAGGUCCUCUUUGCGCGGAGCGCUUGGCGCCAUGGCCAAGCGAUGCAGCACGCGGGCAGUCAUGCAGAUAUUCUUGACAGGAAUGUGUUUGGCAACAGCGAUUGCCUCCUUCACAUUCGCCUUUGUGUUUGAGCAGUUUAUGGAUCAGCUGACGGAAAAUUACCGUGGUGAGCUAGGUUCCGAGAACCUGCCGUGCAUGAGAAGUACAUUGGAUGCCUGCAACGACGGGACCAUGGACCAAUGCCGUGACAUCUGCUGUCCUCCAGGAUAUUCCUGCUCCCGGUCGCCCAUUGUGGGCCUCUACUGCGACCAUGGUCUGACCAUGUGUGGAGACUUCAAUUGGUGCCGCGACUUUGCCGACAUCUCCCGAACUUGCGCCACCUCCGUGUGCAAGACCAACCAGAUGGUCACUAGAGUGACUGCGUGGUCAUACAUUCUGGCUGCCAUCGGUAUCUUCCUUGACCUAGUGGACAUCAUCACUAUCUUCACCCUGCCAGAUGCGGUCGUCUUCAAAGCAGGAACCAACAUUUUCUCGAGCCUGGUGAAAUGGCUGGCCUUCGGCCUUGUUGUUGGAGCAGGCACGCAGGGCUUCAUGUCAGAACUGGAGCAGGCCAGAUGCUUCAACAGCGUUGGCAUGCAGCUGGUGGCGGAUGCUGGCGGCCUAUUUGUCUCCUACGCCAUUGUGCAGGUUGUGUCGGCAACACUGUCCCUGGUCCUUGCGCCCUUCUCCGCCUACUUUGGCGGCAAGCUACAAGGGGGCGAGGUGCCGUACGUCAAGUGAGUCAGCAAGAACUCGCGUUUGUCUAUUUUUUUUUGCCUUGGACGAGUCAUUUUCAGCACUGUUCUGUGUCAAGUGUAGGCCGUUCUGGAAAGGAACAUGCCUUGCUUUGUAUCACCUGCCGGGCUAAAAGCAUAAACA